UACAGUCCACAUAACCAUUUCCUAUAUGGUAACCGAGCACAAACUUACUUAAAAACAGAGAAGUUUCAAGAAGCAUUGUGGGAUAGCCGUCGAGCUUUGGUUCUAGAAUCAAAUUGGGCUAAAGGCUGCUAUCGAUAUGCACAAGCCUUUUUUGAGUUGGAUUUUCAUGAACGUGCUAUUCGUGAGAAUGAAUCUGGGCUAAAAUUUGCCGAAGAGCCUAAUGAAAGAAGAGACCUGCUAAUGCAAAAGAAGAAGUUUUAUGAUUUUAAAAAUGAUUUAGAAAAAGGGAAAAAAGUUUUUUAUGAUGAUGAUGAUGUACCUGAGUUAGUUGAGCAGGGGGGAUCAAGCGAUGAAUCUGGUAGCGAGAGGUCAGACUCCGAAUCUAUGCCGGAUCUAGUUUCCGACGGAUUAGACUCAUUUUCUGAUGAUGCUUCUGAAUCAGAAUUUAUUGAGACAACUCAAAAAUCUCUUAUUGGAAUAAGGAAAAAGAGAAGUCUAAGACUAAGCCAAAGACUAAGAGAGAAAAAGAAAAUUGAGAAACCUGAGAAAAAGAUGAAGACCAUAGAAAUUAAACUGAAGCUUAAUAGAAAAAAACCAGCAGAAGCCCCAUCUUUCAGUGUCACUCCAGUAAAUAUGGCUGAAAUGCAGGAGUUGGUGACCAAGCCUAAAUUGGAACCCAUUCCUAAGCCUGAUGUCAUCCCUGAGCCUGACCCCACUCCUAAACUAAGUAAUGCUGAAUUGAAAAGGGAACUUGCACUUGGAUCUAAAUACCAUUUGGAAAAGAAGGAGCAUGAGGCUUUUAUGCAAUACCAGAAGGCUGUUAAACUGAUACAUGACUGCCCGGUAAAAUAUGGUGGUAUGAAUGAAUUGGAAUAUGUGAGCUUCACAUACUGCUUUGGUCACAUUUGCCUUACUAGUAUAAAACUACAGGAGAUCCAGAAAUCUGAGCAACUAUUUGGAGGGAUAUUGAAGGACCAUGCCGACAUUUACUUCCCUCUUGCUUAUUACGGACUUGGAUGUUAUUUUCAAAAAAUUAACAGAUUUACAGAAGCAGUUGAACAACUUAAAAAGGGCGAGAAAUGCUUGAAUGAAUCUCCCGAACCACAACCUGUGAUAUUUUGGCCUGAGACUACUCAACCAGUUAAAGAAAGUGUUUCAGACUGUAUUUUGGAAUCAUUUGAAGAACUAAUUCAUGAUUGUAAAAAUCCACCGAAACCUUUAGCAGUUUGUCAUUUUCAAAAUUGUACAUAUUCUAAGCGUGACAUAUACUUGACAGAUAUUGACUUCAAAGGUUACGUACACAUUCUUUGCACAGAGGACUGUCGACUAGACUACCACAUUGGCUGUUGGAAACAUUGCAGAGUAGAUUUUUAUGACCGUACUCAUGAAAAGGAUAUUUUAAACAAGGCAUGUUGUACUCCAGACUGCCUUGGGACAAUCUUUACAAUAGCAACUUAUGGAAAUGAUGGCAAAGUGAGGUCAGAGGCCAAAGUUGAUGCCAAUUCUAAACCUAAACACCUUCAGAAAUCUGCACACCAACCCCAACCAGCUAUGUCAAAAUCUAAAAAGAAGAGACAGAAAAAGAAAUUAAAGAAACAUUCUGAGGAAGAAGAAGCAGCAGCCACUGGCACUGAAGUGACCAAUGACAAUUCAGAGUCUCAGACCAAAUCGAAGGAGAGUAAACCUAAAAAGGAAGCACACACAACUUCUGUAAUAGAGGAAACAUUGGAUGAGGAGGACGUGGGUGGUGGAGAAGAGUUGAAAAAGGAACAAAAGCAAGAAAUAUUUGAAAAACAAGAAGAUUAUCAAUUUGUCUUGAAGAAGGACGACAUUAAUGAAAACCAACAAACCAAUCUGAAAACUGUUAAGAAAAAGAAACAAAAGUUAAAGAAAGGCCUCGCUGAUUUUGAAUUUAAAUUUUCUGGUGAUGAAGAACGAAGAUUCUUGCGUCACGAAGAUGCUGAUGAAAAUGGCUACAUUGAUUUCAGCAAAUUUUUAAUGCCGUCUGUUGUGGAAGAUGAAAGCAGCGUUUCCUCUGACAGUGGCUCUGGAGAUGCCCAAGCUUUGUUGCUCGAAAAUGUGGAAAACAUUAAUGAAACUGUAUACAUGAUCUACUCGUAUUUUCAUGCUGUUUUAGAAAAAGAAGGACCUCUGCCAAUAAGUAGCAGAAUUCUUCUGGAUGAUUUCAAAUCCUUUCCACCUGAAGCACACAUUAUUGUAAAAGCUACUGGAGGUCUGGCUCAGUUCCUUUUGAAAUCUUUGAAGUUUGCAAUGUUUGAGGAUCACAUCUGCCUCUUAAAGCAUGCAGUCAGGUGCAAGGAAAUACUCGCCAGAAAGCAUGGUGAUGUUGUGGACACAGACUUUGAUCCAGUUGGUGCACCAUACCAUCAAUCGCCAGAACGGACUGUCAGAGACUUCCAGCCAUUACUGACCCCUUUUGACAUUCAGGACCUCAAUGUUCAUGGUUCAAAGCCCACUUUAAUUCAUCACAUGAAUAAAUAUAUAAAAUCACAAGAGACUGUAGAUGGUGUUGAUGAAAUCAAAAUAAAUGACCUCGAAUCAGAUGAAGAAAAGCUGUCAGACGAAUCAGAUGCAGAAUCCAGUGAAACGGAUGAAAAUGAGGAAUUAGAUGAAGAUGACAGCUCUGUUUCUCAAGAAGAUAAUCCAGAAAAGGAUGAAAAAGAAUAUUUAAAUCCUGAAAGUGGAUAUCAAGUUGGUAAAAUAGACAUUGGAGGGAUAACUGAUCCCAGAAAAGAAUCUUUAGUGGUUGAUUUUGAAGGUGAUGAAGAAUACAUUGAUGAUGAAAUAUUAGGGAAGGAACUUGAACUGGAAGGGUCUUAUGAUAUUGACCCUAAUGUGAAUGACCAUCUUGCAACUGAUAUGCAAUCUAUUCCUGACAAUGGAGAUGCUUUAAAUAUCGAGAGUAGCGUGCCUAAUCCAGUGCAGCAGGCUCCAGUUUAUUCAUCAAAUAAAGGUGAUGAACGCAAUGAUUCUGGAAUAGGCACUGUGUCACCCAAUGAUAUGGAACCAGUUAAUCAAUCUUCAAAUUCAAAAGAUGAUGAAAUAGAUGGCAAAUUUACAAGUGAUUCAAGUUCUAUUCUUCCACCAGAAAUACUAGAAGGCUUCUGUCUCAACAAGCCCACUCCUUUUGGACCAAUUAUAAAGUCUGAAUCAUAUGAAUCAUAUUCCAUAAGUAAUUCAAACGGGUCUGAAGAGAAUUCGGAUAUAGUAGACGAUAAAAAUGUUGAGGGAGAGAAGAUUUGGCAUCAAGGGUUUGAUUUAGUGACUGCUUUAGAGGCAGAUUUGGACUGGUUUACUCUGGAAAAGACUUCAAUUUUUGAUCCAGAAGAGAUUGAUGAUGUUAUACAAAUACCAGAAUAUGUUUGGAAGAUGACUCUUUCUAGUAUCAUUAAGCUCAAAGAUCAUUGUACUGCUAUUCAAAAAAAGAUAUCGCAUAUGAAGACGAAGUAUGUACAGUGCACCCCAAAAUCAAAGAAUAUUGGUCUCAAUACAACACCUUAUGAACCAUAUAAACAGGAAUAUUUAGAAAUGGUGGCUAAAAAUGAUAAUCUACAGGAGAUUUUAAAAGAUACGAUGACUAAAUAUACGUACUUGAAACAAAGUGGUGUAGCAGAAACUUCAAGCUUAAGAGAAGAAUUGAAAACCAUGAAAUUAGAGAACGAGGAAUUGUCUAAAAAACUGAACGAGAAAUUAGCUCUUGUAGAACAGAAUAAGAAGAAGUGGCAUACAGAACGGUCUUUGUAUAUUAGUGAAGGAAAGACUAAAGAUGAUAAGUUACAGACGCUAGAUGAGGAUAUACUAAAAAUGACAACUGAAAUGUCUAAAAAAGAUCACAAGCUUAACCAAAUGUCACAACACAUCUUAAAAGAAAGAGAAAAUUUUAAGGCUGAGAAGAAUAAAUUGAAGGAAAUGAUUGAGAUAAAUUCCCAAUCAUCUCAGGCCUUGAAAAACAGAGCUGAAGAGUCAGAGGUUAAACUAUUGCAGUCGAUAUGUACCAAUCAGUGUAAGACAUUAAUGGAUGUGAUCAAGGAGGCAGAGACCAAUCGAGAUAAGUUGGUCAACUCUGACCAAGGAGACACAAUGGAUGCUAUGAAAACUUGGCAGGAAACUGUCGGUGUAAAUACAAAGAAAGUUAGAGAAGUCAAGAGUAUCUAUGAUGGGUUGAUCCAAAAAGUCAAGUCGGGUACACCAUUGGAUAAAUUGCUACCAAUUGAAGAUGUUUUACCUUUUUGGCCUCCUCCACAAUCAGUCAGGCCUUCAAAAAAAGCAGUUUCGGCUGAUGUUGAUGCAGAUCAAGCAGGCAAUCCAAAGGGUCAAUUAAAGACUCCUGCUACCGCAACAGUGGCAUCAUCAAAUGCAGCCAGCCAGAAAAAUACCUGGUUAAGUGCCCAACAAAAUGAAGCCAGACGAAGAGAAGCAUCCUACAUGGCUUCCAACUCGCAUAAAAAAAAUACUACACAGAAGUUGUACGAAGGGUAUCAAGACAACUCUCAGUGGCAGCAGCAGCAUCUCCAGCAACAGCAGUAUCAACAGCAUCAACACCAGAAUCUGACUCAUGCAUCUCAAAAUAAUUUAACAACACAUAUGGCUGGACAAUUUACACAGAGCCAGCCUGCACAAGUUUACAGUAAUCCCUUAGGCAGGGGAGGAGGGAACCUCCACGCAAUGGCUCAAGGUGGUCCACCAGAUGUGCUCCACAGUGGGAUAUCUCACCCAAGUCAUACGGCAGCUUCUUACAGUGUUCCACAAAAGGCUGCUACACCUACUUCCUCUACAACACUUGAGAACAAGAAAAAUCCAACAGCGGCAUUUGCAAGUGCUGCAAAGCCUUUCGUGGUCCCAGAAAAGAGCCAAGCUAGUGUGCAGCAGCAAACACACAGUUUAGGAGCAAUGGCAGGAAACAAAGUUUCUGGACGAUACGUUGGCCCCAUUCCAGCUGCUCCACCACACCUUAAGAAAAGUUUUGAUAAGCUUAUCUACCAGCUGGGUGUUAUAUUUGACAAUCGAUAUACAAAAGGACAGUUGGCGAUGUUUUUAAACAAGGUCCGUGAAGCUAAUGGUGGCUCUUUAUCUGGACUGCCUGCCAAGGAUAUUAUUGAUCGAGUUGUGAAACUGGUUCUGAAGAGGGAGGAAGAUCAUCCUGUAAAUCAACCAGCUAAGCAGGCUUAUCCAAAGAAGUUGCCACCUGGUAUAAGUACAGCAAGGGAACCUGGGACAUGGAAGACAAUGCCAAUAAAGCAAACAAAGAUUUUGAAUUUGGAAGAGGAAGACCCAUGUGUGAUAUGCCAUGAGGAAAUGCCAAUGAAGCCGGUCAGCAAGUUGGAAUGCCAGCACGUGUUCCACACGGACUGUAUUCAGCGAUGGAUGAACGAGCAGAAGACAUGUCCCACGUGCCGAGAGUUUGUCCUCCUUCCUGAUGACUACCCAUCACUUUAAUUGUAUAGUUUUAAGAAUUCUACUUUUUAAUCUGAAGUUGUUUUGAGACCUACCCUUAUCUGACAAAUUUGGCGGCUAAUGUUGGUGUUGGUAUUGUUGUUUCUCCAAUGAAUCAGUGAUAAGGGUGUUUAGUUAGAUUGAGUUAAAUAUAGAUCAUAAUUAAUAAAACAUGGCUGUGGAUUACUUAUAUUAAUAAUAAUAAUUUUGAUACUGAUUGAAGAAAUGAUUAAUAACAAUACUGUACAUCUUAACCAAAAAAAAGUAGAAAUAAUGACUAAUUAAUAAUAGUAAUUAUAAUAAUUUGUAAAUUUGAGCAAUUACAGACAAGAAGUGUUUUAGGCUGUGAGUCACAAAUGCCAUAAUGAAUUUGAUACUCUUUGUAAACAGGGGCAGCGAUUCCAAAUAAACUCAGUCUGGGGCCACAUUCCCUGCUUAAGAAAAGUUCACAAUAGAUUUUGGACUUAAGUGGGGGAGACACAGGUACGUUGAUGCAUUUUCUGAAGUUAAGUGGGUUAGUGAUAUUGGUGCGAUAUUAGGGAGCUAUACUAGUUAAGUGCAUUAUUGCCAUAAGUGUGAUGAUAAAAGUGUAUACAAGAGCAAACAUCUUAAUACCUUACACUUUGAAUUGAUUGGAGAUGCUUCAAUGUUCAACUUGGCCAGCAUAGCAAUCACCCUGUCUACAGAGGGUAGGAGGUGAAUGAAACUACUGUAUUUAAGGUGGUAUGGGUUUAGGAUUUGAUCAAGUAUGUACUUGUUUGUAGUCGUAAUUGUGAAAGUAGUUUUGUAAGCCUACAUGAAAGAAGAUAUUCAAUCAGUUUGAAGUGAACCGAAGUUGUGGUUUUACACUUCAUAUAAUUUGACUGUUUUACUGCUCAUUUCUCAACCCUAUUUCAAGAGUGUUUUUUGGAAAUGGAGUGGUCUCCCAAACCUUUUGUGAGUAAGCAAAAAUAUUCCGCAAACUGACUGACUUCUGCAAAUUCACAAGUUUAGUUUGUUUUGUCAGCUGGUCGUAGGUUACACACUGUAUCAAAUAGAAUAAGAUGUGUUAAUGAAAGUCAAUUAAACUAGGUCGCCCAGAAUUGGCGGCUUCCGACAUGAAUUGCUUGCUAUUUUUAAAUGAGUAACACCUAUUCAUGGGCAUGGGCUGGGUUUAUUAGGUGGGGAGAGGGUGCUGAUGUACUCAGUGGGUUAAAAUGCUAAAAAUGACCAAUUCGUUUUCAUUGGGAUAGAGAAUUAGUUAUGCAUUCCUAAAUCUCUCCCCCACCCCCAGGUCAAAACCUGGCUAGGCCCCUGCUAUUGGUGUGUAAAUUGUUUAACAGGAGAGCUACGCUACUUGCUUGGAAGAUGUUAACGAAAAAAAAAAUAUUGAUACCAGUUAGUGAGAAUUUUAAUUAUAUGUAGUACAUUAUCCUAAACUGUACUAUACUGUGCCAUCCUCCAAGCAAUGUUUUGCUUGAAGGAUCAGACCUAAAGCCUUUCUGACUUAUUGUUUCCUGCACACACAAUGAAUGAGUAAUCAUACAUUUUUAUUUUUAUUAAGAAGUUCUAUUUUGCUCCAUAUUAUUGUUAUUUUGAAUUUGUGAACCCAUAUUACUAUUUGGCGUGUUCUGAUAUUGUAUUCAUUGUGUGAAACAAUAAAAUGAAACUGAAAAAA